GGGUUUGCCGCCACCGCAGCAGCAACAGAUGCUGAGCUUACGGGCAACAAAUCAGCCUUCUCUGCUCAAUGCCAAUCCCAUGCUUCAGCGAGCCUUACUCAUGCAGCAGAUGCAAGGAAACCUGCGUGGAUUUAACAUGACAGCGCCAGCACUGCAGCAGUUCUUCCCUCAGGCUACAAGACAUUCCCUCCUGGGACCACCACCUGUUGGGGUCUCCUUGAAGCCAACUCGGCUGGGCUUCCCCAGCCUUCCCUUCCAGCGGCAGAACCGAACCUUCCGCAAGGACUUCCAGAGGGUCCCUGACAGGAAGAGGGAACUAGAUCCUUGUUCUUCAUCUCAAACACAAGGUGAUGAGAAAAUGGAAAUCCCAGAGGGAAUCCAAGCAGGGUCAGAGCAGAACAAUUCCUCCCCAUCCACAGAGCCAAGAAUUCCAACAGAGGCUAUGUUGAACACUGAGCCUGCAGCAAAAAGACUGAAGAGUGUGACUGAGGAAUCUGCGUUAGAGGAUGCCACAGACAGCAGGAGAGCAGGAGUCUCAAGCACCCGUGUCCAAGCUGAUGGUACAGACAAUGCAAAGGAGUACACAGCUGAAGAUCACUCUAAAGAGAGGAAAUUCUCCGAGGAACUGAAGGCUCCUGAGGUGUUGAGCUCUGGAGGUUCACUGAAAGUGACUAUUCAGCAGAGCAGUGAGAGCAGAGCUAUCAGUACCACAGCUCUGAAACCAGGGCACUGGGCCUGUGAGGUGGGCACAGCUGAUCCCAACCCUGAAUCCGUCCUUAAAUUCUACUGCUACAUCUGCAAGACCAACUGCUGCAGUCAGCAGAAUUUCCAGUCCCACAUGGCUGGAAUUCAGCACCAGCAGCGACUUGGGGAAAUUCAGCACAUGAGCAGUGUUUGCUUUGUUUCACUACUGCCCAUGGUGAAGCAGCAGAAGGAGCUAGCAGAAAAAGAUGGAGAGACCCAGCAGCGAUGGUGUAACACGUGUCAGGUGCACUUCACGGGGGAUCUAAUCAAACACCGCAGGACCCAAGAGCACAAGCUGGCCAAACGCUCCCUUCGUCCUUUCUGCACUGUCUGCAGUCGUCACUUCAAGACCCCUCGCAAGUUCGUGGAGCAUAUGAAGUCCCCUGAGCACAAACAGAAAGCCAAAGAGGUGAGGCUAGGAGAAAAGGAGUUAGGCAGCCCAGAAGAUUCAGAGGAGUUGAUCACUGUGGAUGCUGUUGGCUGCUUUGAAGAUGAUGAUGAGGAAGAGGAGGAGGAGGAGGCAGGAGCUGGUGAGGAGGAAGACCCUGAUGUAGUGCUGACAGAGAAUGAGGAUUCUACUGCCAAUCAGACUGGGCUGAAGGAAGUGUCUUUGGAGCAUUACGAAGGAAGUGAGAAGUAUUGUCCAGACACAGCCUAUGGCCUGGAUUUUCUGGUCCCCGUCGCAGGUUACCUCUGCAGGCUGUGUCACAAAUUCUACCAUAGCGACUCCGCUGCCCGGCUCGCACACUGCAAGUCCCUGAUGCAUUUUGAGAACUUUCAGAGAUACAAGGCAGCAAGGCAUCGUGCCACAACUGCCUACCCCGAGGCUCCUUUGCAUUCCCAGGGCUCCAGCUCCCAAUUGCUGGAUGAUCCAAAACAGCCUCUUGCUACAGCUGCACAUACCAGCAAGAAGAUGAAUGAUGAUCGUGGGAUAGGCAAGGAGGGUACGGAGCUGUCAGCCCUGCAAGAACAAACCUCAAGGUCUUUGGAGGGUAAGGGUGAGCUGGCCACCUCUUGGGGCAGAGGGCAAGAGCCUGGCCAGUGUGACUGAUGGUGUGUGUGGUAUCAUGGUUGUAGAAGAAGAAAAUCUACAGGAAGAAAGCAAAUCCACUGCCACUAGCAUCGACUGCCUGUUCCCUGAAGAGAGCCACACGGCAGAGGAGCUGCUGGGACACGCAGUGUGCAAGGAGGAGGAAGCCAAUGCAGCCAGGCAAAGGGAAGGCACAGAUGACCACCAAGAUCCAGGGAGUGCAGGAGGGUUGGGACAGAACGAGGCAGCAGAUGCAGGCCAGGAGGCAGCAGCAGAGCCUUCCUCCCUCGCCAAGGGUGAGACAGGCAGUCUCACCUCUGCUGGG